GACCAAUGCUCUCUCAAGACAUCUUCUGCCAGAAGUCUCUCUACAGUUGAUCAUCCAAAACAUACUCUUUGUCCUUGUUUGGAAUAGCUGCUGGUCUGGUUGGUAUCAGCUCUGGUUUGAGUGCCAGUGGUCAAGGCAGAAGGCUAGACUGCCUCCUACUCUUACCCUGGCACCUCCGUGACCACUCAUUUUUUCUUACAUCUACUGUACCAACCAGAAAAUCACAUACUUGCCGAAGUAUCUCAUUCAUUGCAUGUAUGGACACCACACUAGGACACCAGCAUUGAUAUCAGUUUCUGCCAACGGUGUCUGCCAUGGACAUCGACACCCUGUGGCGGACAGCCUUUGGAGAGUCUACUCGCCCCGUACUAUACUCUUCCGCAGAGCUGAACGAAGAUGGCUUCCAACCACUCAACGACCCACAAAGUUUCCUCAUGAACAUCACGACUUUGAAACGCAAGCAGCUUUUUGCAGCAAGUGCGAACAACCAGAUUGCCAUGAAAUUAGCUCAAGACGAAUACAUCGAGCUUGAGCGACAAAUCACCCGCCUUAAGGGAAAGGAGACAUACAAAAAUUCCCAAGACCUCCCAGCUCCCGAUGUCUUUGAGGAACGAAAAGAAUCCGCUCUCUAUGGCUACAAAUACGAACCCAACAAACCAGCAUUACUGAUUGCCGGCAUUCCAGGGCUGAGAUCUGCUGAUGAUCUUGGCGAACGGGAGAAGCAUGACGUGCGCCUGUUUCAAGAGCCCUUCGAGCAAGGCGGUUUUGUACCCAAGGAGAGAGAGUACAAAGCCAUGGUCGCACGAGCGAAAAACCCAAAGAACAUCGAUGGGUGGGACCCGGUUAUCAAAAAAGGGAAACCACUCGUUCCGAGACAACAAGUUCACCGCGACGAGUAUUCUAUCACAUAUGUUAAGCGCAAUGUGAACGAGCAUGGCGAGAUUGAACGACCUCAAUCGGCUGGCAGUGACGUGACUGGCCUUACACCGUCAAAGGUGGUCGACAAACGCUUGACUCGAACCAGGUUUGAUGGCCAAAAGGUUCCGCCCACAAGAGAUGUCUCUGAAGCUCCAUCUAGCGUUUCUACCACGCCCAGAAAGAGAGCCAACACGCCAGCAGACAGUGUUCGUGAGGACACUCCGACAGCGAAGCGGCGAAAAGUCACCGAGGUUGUACCCGGUGUGGUCCGACCAAAGCAUCCCAACCAGUAUACGAAAGGACUACCUGGGUAUGGGAAGGUCGCACCAGUCCAAGUCCAAAACCGACCUAAACACCCCAACCAGUAUACAAAAGCGAAAGAGCUGGCAGCACGCAACGCUGCCGAAGCAGCAGCCUCACAAGCAGUAUCGCCAGCAGCACGAGAUUCCCCCAGACCUGUAGCACCCACAUCGUCAUGGCGUGGGCUGUCGCCCCAGUCAUUGCGCAAUCGCAAGUGGACAGACGAGGAACUUGUUGAAGCAGUCAAGCAUGAUCAUUUAUGGUUACACGACGACGCCGCCAAGGCUGAAGAUUGGAAGAACAAGAUCAUCAACGGCAUCAACCCGGUACGAAGCUUUAGCAUGUUUAGAAAAUGGGCAUACUGGAGGGACGAGAACAAAGACAAAAGACCUCGUGCGAAGAAAAACCUGCUCGACGACAUGCCACAGGACGUCGAGGAGUCUACGGAGUCUCCAAGGCCGAGACGAGCUGCCGCAUCCAAGCCCAAGCAAACGGACAGUGCUAGGACGACGCCCGCAACUACACCGGUGCCAGAAACCUUCGAUGGUGGCUGGUCACAAGAGUCGAAGGCUGCAGGUGGAGGCAGUGGGAGAUCUGCCAGAAGAGGUGGAUUUGGGAUCAAUAUGUUGAUGAACCAUGACAGUUCACCAGAUGAACUACAGGAGGACAGGAAGAUGGAAGAGUUUUCACGACGAGACACGACGACACCACCGCGAUAUGGCAGAGAGGUCAGCAGUCCAGCGUCGAAAGCGAGCUUGAAAAAGGAGGAUACAGGUAGCGACUCGAUGAUUGUUGUCAAUGGGACACCUGAUCCUCCGAGGAGGCGGUCUGUCCGGAAUUUGAGGCGAUCAAGUGGUUGACUGCACUGCGUCUGAUUUUUGGGAAGCAAAGGCGUCAAGAGGAAGUCACCUAGGUCUGGUUGGCACUGAAUGGUGUCAUGACAGAUAUUGGAAGGAUCUGCGUCGACUGUUGAUGCAAAGUCCGGUAGUUUUACAACAUGGCAUACUCUAGGAGGUUGCAAACCUAGGUUGUAGUCAUUAUGAUUAUGAUUCUAUCGAGUAACGUAGAGAGAGAGAAUAUGCCAUGCUCUCCGCAGGG